AUCGAAUUACUUAUAUUACGCAAUUUUGUGUGAACAAAAUAGUCAGAAUAAAUACUAUAAAAAGAUACAUAAUUUAUAUCUCUGUUCAUAUACUUCAACAUCUAUGUAUGUACGUUUAGAAUUUAGAAUUACGAAUAUAGUCACAUGAACAUGGCGCUGUGUUAUAUGAGAUUGCUUUGCCGGCGAAGCAUCAAUCCUUGUACUUUCCGGAAUUUAUAUACCUCCAGCCAACGAAAUGUUGCCAUAUCUAAACCACUGUUCACGGGAAGUACAAUUUGCGAAACUCAUGAUGAGAAAAAUAUGCGCCUUAAGAGACCCAUGUCACCACAUUUGACCAUUUACCAAAUUCAAUUAACAGCUUUUCUUUCAAUUACACAUCGUACAACAGGCAUGAUAUUAUCAAGUUAUGCCAUGUUGCUUGGUAUAGGAACAUUACUUAUCCCAGGUGGUAUUCCUUGCCUCAUAGAAAUCAUUACAAAUUUAGGUUUGUCUGCACCUGUUCUUUUCACGGGAAAAACUUUGCUCGCUUUACCUGCUACGUAUCAUGUAUUUAAUGGAUUUCGUCACUUGGCUUGGGAUUUAGGAAUGUUUCUUUCAAUUAAGGAAGUGUAUAGCACUGGUUAUGCGGUAAUUGCAUUAUCAACAAUUUCAGCUAUUGCUCUUGCUGCAAUGUAAAUUUAAAUAAUUAUAUUGUCACAUUAUGAUGUAAUUUCUAUUGAAAAUUAAUUGUACUGUUAGAUUAAUGUGUUCCAUCUUGUACUUUCGAAAUUAUAUCUAAUUUAUGACAAAAACCAAAAGUAGAUAUUAUUAGUAAUUAAUUUAUAAUAGUAAAUACAAAUGUAUGAACUGAUUUAAAAAUUAUAUUUUAAUAUAUGCAAAUAUGUGAAUAAAUAUAUUACACAAAACCUUCAA